UCCCAUACCAUUGUCCUCUCCCUCCGCCUAGCCGCUCGACGCCGUUGUUCGCUCAACCAAGCCUGAGACGCCACAACGUCAUGAUGCGAAGAGGACGAGAACACGUUUGUCAGCUUUACGCCCCGCCCAUCACUCGUGAUUGGCUGGGCUUCGUCUUGUUGAUGACUAACGGGCUCUAGCAGGUUAGGUGGAGUCCCUAUCAGACGGAGGAGAGCCCCGCCUGCCCCGUCACACCGGCAGCUCGGUCGGCUGCGGCGGUUUCAACGGAGUGCAUAACGUCCCGGAAGGAGACCAGGGACAGACCGCUGUAACCAUGGCCGUGCUUUAUGCCUCUGUGAGCCCUUAUUUAUGCUUCUCCUAAACAACGGACAGGAUCUUGUUCAUUUUUCUUGUGUGCCUUUUCUGGAAAAUUCUGGCCGUCAUUGAAACAGAUUUGGUCUCUCAUCACAAACAAGUCUUUUACAGUAAAGCAACCAUGGAUCUCAAGACAGCAGUUUUUAAUGCUGCUCGUGAUGGCAAGCUGCGCCUUCUUUCCAAGCUGCUGGAAAACAAGGCCAAAGAUGAAGUAGUUAUAUUAAUGUCAGAAAAAACCAAUGGGGCGACACCACUUUUAAUGGCGGCUCGAUAUGGCCACCUGGAUAUGGUGGAUUACCUGCUGGAUCAGUGCAGUGCCUCUGUGGAAAUUGGGGGUUCUGUCAAUUUUGAUGGUGAGACCAUAGAAGGUGCACCACCUCUCUGGGCAGCAUCUGCAGCUGGGCACCUGAAAGUGGUUCAGUCGCUUCUGGAACAUGGUGCGUCCGUGAACAACACAACUCUUACUAAUUCUACUCCUUUAAGGGCAGCUUGUUUCGAUGGGCAUCUGGAGAUUGUGAAGUAUUUGGUAGAGCACAAAGCUGACUUGGAAGUAGCCAACCGGCAUGGUCACACUUGUCUGAUGAUCUCCUGCUACAAAGGUCAUAAAGAGAUAGCUCAAUUCCUACUUGAAAAAGGAGCCGAUGUUAAUAGGAAGAGUGUAAAAGGAAAUACCGCCUUGCAUGACUGUGCUGAAUCGGGAAGCUUGGAAAUAAUGAAAAUGCUUCUGAAAUAUGGAGCUCGAAUGGAAAAAGAUGGUUAUGGCAUGACUCCGCUGCUCUCCGCUAGUGUGACAGGCCACACAAAUAUUGUUGAUUUCCUUACUCAACAUCCACAGACCAGUAAAACUGAGCGUAUCAAUGCACUUGAACUUCUCGGAGCUACAUUCGUAGACAAAAAGCGGGACCUUCUCGGUGCCUUAAAGUAUUGGAAGAGAGCUAUGGAUAUGAGAUACAGUGAUAGGACUAAUGUCAUCAGCAAACCUGUACCACAGGCUUUAAUAAUGGCUUACGACUAUGCCAAGGAGGUUAAUACUGCUGAAGAAUUAGACAACCUUAUUGCUGACCCCGAUGAGAUGAGGAUGCAAGCACUUUUAAUAAGAGAGCGAAUCUUGGGCCCAUCACAUCCAGAUACAUCCUAUUAUAUUCGGUACCGGGGUGCAGUUUAUGCAGACUCUGGAAACUUCAAGCGUUGCAUUAAUUUAUGGAAGUAUGCCUUGGACAUGCAGCAGAACAACCUGGAUCCUUUAAGUCCUAUGACAGCAAGUAGUUUGCUAUCGUUUGCUGAGCUGUUUUCGUUUAUGCUCCAGGACCGAGCUAAAGGCUUGUUUGACACUACAGUUACUUUUGAUGACCUUAUGGGUGUACUGUGCAAAAGCGUGUUAGAAAUAGACAGAGCAGUCAGACAUGCAACAACGCCGCCUGACCAAAUCCAGCUGAACAAGGCCCUUUCUAUAAUUUUGCACUUGAUCUGUUUGCUGGAAAAGGUACCCUGCAGCUCAGAGCAAGAGCACUUAAAAAAACAAAAUAUCUAUAGGUUCCUUAAGCUGCAUCCCAAAGGAAAAAACAACUUCAGUCCUCUGCACCUGGCUGUAGACAAAAACACCACUUGUGUUGGCCGCUACCCUGUUUGCAAAUUUCCCUCUCUUCAGGUUACCGCCAUUUUGUUGGAGUGCGGUGCUGAUGUCAAUGUCAGAGACUCUGAUGAGAACAGUCCACUACACAUCGCGGCGCUCAACAAUCAUCCAGAUAUCAUGAAUCUGCUUGUAAAAUCUGGGGCACACUUUGACUCUACGAAUGCGCACAACCAAACUGCCUGUGAUUUACUGGAUGAAAAGGAAAUGGCCAAGAACUUGAUCCAGCCCAUCAAUCACAUCACUUUGCAGUGUCUCGCUGCACGUGUCAUUGUCAAACACAACCUACAGUACAAACAACAAAUCCCUGAAAAGCUGGAAAGCUUUGUGUUGCUUCAUAGAUGAUGCUUUUAUGGGACUUCUAGAGCAACUGAAGGGUGUGUGCUUGGACUGUUGGUUUCUUACAAAAGCACUGUUAGGGUAAAUUCACACAGGACGGAAAUGCUGCAGAUUUUACCUGCAGAAUUAUGCUGGUAAAAUCCACAGCAGAUUAGAGGACCAGGCAUGUGGAUAUUUUACAAAUUUUCCACAUGGAAAAAAAAUGACCUAUGUUGCAGAAUAUAUAAAUCUGCAGCAGAUCUGUUCUGUUGUGCAAAGCAUAUGGAUUUUUGGUGAAUUUUUGCUCAUUGAGUUCAGUUGGGUCAAAAAGAAAAUAAAUCUGCAAUGAAAUUCAUUUUUUUCUCCUGACUUCAUAGGAAAAUUGAAGCAGCAAAUCUGCAUGGUUUGAUGUAGGUCUGCUGCAGAUGUUAUCCACAGCAAAUCCAAACUGUGUUGACUUUCCCUCAAUGGAAACAUAAAGUUAUGCAUCAGCUGGUAAUGUCUUGAUCCGAAUGUCUAAUCUUGCUCAAUCAGCAUUUGAAAAGAUUUGUUACCCAUAUUUGAAAAAUAUGAAAUUUCUAUAUAAAAUUUGGUUUUCUAUGUCAUCAUAAAUUUGAAACCUCUGCACCUCUUACCUGUAAAACCUGCCAUAUUCUGUUUCCAUUCGGUUAUUUUUUUUUUUGCCUGUUGGGGUAGGGGAGAGUGGCAAAUUCUUUGAAUUUUUUUUCUUUCCAUCCCUGCUCAUGCUGGUUUUGUGGAUUUUGUUUCUCAAAUGUCUACGGCAAUUUUCUGCUCUCGUAAUUUCCAGACCUUUCACUUCCAGUGUGUGGAUGGGUAUCUUUCUAUGGACCAUUUGCUGAGUUGUAAAAGCUUUAUGAACAUGUUAAUGUUUGCGAUUACCAUAAGUGCUUUAUCUCCUCUAUGCACUGGCUUAGACAUGACUGUUGUGUGUGUUAGCAUACUUCUAUGCAGCAUUUUGCCAGCCCAAUUAAAACACAAUUCGUAAUUGGUUGAAAUCUCACUUUCUAUUCUGCACCAGGCAGCAUGGCUAUUUUUAUUGGAGUUCUGCUGUAGUUCUGCAGGCUAAACAGCUUCUUUUUUUUUUUUUUUUUUGUUAAAUAUUGCCUUUCCUUUUAAUGGCACUGGAGGUCUCUUUAUAGGUUGAGAAUAUUCUGCCUAGUUCAAUCCUUAGAAUUAAAUUUAACACUUAUCAUGCUUGUGCAGGAUGCCUCUUAUUCCUUUUAUUGCUUUCACCUAGUAUUUAUUUUUUUUGCUUUAAAGGGACACUAUCAUACAAAGUUCUCUAGACUAUACGCUCUAGGAGUUGCUAGUUAUCCUUUAUUUCUUUAAAUGACCAUUUUCUUCUAUUAUCGAGCCAUCGUGGUCUCACUUGAAAUGUAUAAAAAAAAUAAAAAUAAAAUUAAUUAAUUAAUUUCAAGCUAGUGACAAAAUGUCAUGGACAAAUAUUAAACUGUGAGACUUUGGGGUUGAAAUGGCAUAACAUGUAUAAAACAUUACUAUUAUGAUGUAAUGUUAAACAUGACUGUCAAUUAUGCAGUAACUUUUUUUGGUGGGGUCCCUUUAAAAGAAACUUGCAACAAAUGCAGAGAUUGUUGCCUGUGUGGCAUGCUGCAUCCUCCUAAUACAUACAUAUACAGUGUGAUUAUAAAAAGGGUAGCAGGUUGGUUUGCCAGGGCUUUUCAUAUAUUUUGUGUUUAAUGUCCUUUUCUGUUUUCAAGUGAUCAGUCCAGGUAACAUACGCGCCUUGGUACGGCUUUGUGAUUGACACUGAGCCUUUCUGAAGAAGCUACAACUUUCAUAAUUCGCAUUGCAGCCCAUACAAUUGUUGGUUUGUUAGGUUCACCCAUUACACCCCAUUUUAGUUUUUGAUAGGAAGGGCUUGAUGUGGUCAUAAGGAGUGUAGAGCGCACAAACAAGAUUCAGGUGAUUACGUUAACAGCACUUUAUUGUUCCGGAAUAACAUUUAUAUUGGCCCUGCAAAUGUCUUACAAUAAAACCAUUCAAUGAA